AACAGUAUCGUUGGCAGAUUGCAGUGUCUUAGCUGUUUACCUAUUAACUUUUUAUUUAGUUAGCCUAUUAGCUGCACGAUAUCCCACUACAUACGUCUCAAACCGAGUAGCCAAAAAAAUAAAUGAGAAAUGACGAAAAUUAGCGGCAGUCAUUUGUUUUUGUUUAUUCUUGGUUUACUCUGUUGCUCCUGUGCUGCAGUGAUCGAACAGGUGGAUGAUGGUGAUUUGAUUCAUAUGCUUACCGGGCGAGAAGAUAACGUCAUCGUUUUGUUCACAAAAAACAACUGCCAGGAAUGUGAUGACUUGGAAUUGGUUGUGGAAAAUGCCCAAAAAGAUCUAAAGGAGACUGUGGGAGCUGUUGUUGUGAAGGCUCUUAAUAGCCACAUGGUCAACUUGUAUGAUCCAACAAAGGAGCCGGCAUUGAUAUAUUUCCGACGUGGCGUACCACUGUUGUAUCAUGGUGAAAAGAAUCCGGAGGACAUUGUGCGUAUGUUCAGCGAGAAUAGUGAGCCGGCAGUAAAAGAGCUGGCGGAUGACAAUUUUGAACAUCUCACCCAGGCAUCGACAGGAGCCACAACUGGAGACUGGCUUGUCUUCUUCUAUUCGGCUGACUGUGUAUUUUGUCUACGCCUUCAUGCUACCUGGGAAGCUGUGGCAGCCCAUCUUAAACAUCGUUUGAAUGUGGCUCGUGUCAACCGUUUGGAAGCUGGCAUUUCCACAGCCAAACGUUUUGGAAUUACUGAAUCUCCCGAGUUUAUAUUAUUACGCCAAGGUAAAAUCUAUCGCUACAAACCCAAGCAGUACACAGCACAAAAGUUUAUUGAUUUUGCUACCAAAGAGUAUGCAAAACAAACAAACCCAGAACAGGUUCCCGUCGAGGAAAACAAUAUCAAUAGCUUCAUAACCGACCAGUUAAAAUCUCUUGCCGACAACCAACAACUUAUUUUGAUUAUCGCUGGUAUAUUGGCCGUUGUCAUAUUGGUUGUGGUGAUUGUUGUGUGUAAAGCCUCUAAGCAGAAGGCACCACCAACAGUGAAGAAAUCCAAUAAAAUUAAGAAAGCCAAAUAGAGAUGCUUUCUUAUUUGGACAAGAGUGGGCGAACUAGAAGAAGUAGUACUUCCAAAACCUAAGUGACUGCCAACAUUCCUUAUAAUCAUUCGUAGAUUUUGAACAAAAAGAUAUUAUGUACAUAAGCACAAAUCUAUAUUUCUAUUCUUUUUUUUUUGAUUUUUUAAACUAAGAGAAAAAUAUAUAUUUUUGUAAUGAA